UAACGUAUUAUAAUAAUUUGGUUGUUAUUUGAUCAAGCGUGAUUGAAACUUUUGAAACACUCUAAUAAUGUCUAUCCUGAAACUUUAUCAGGAACACUGUGUGGUACCCGACGUUAUUAACGUUGCUCCGUCUGAAACGUUAGACAUCCAAUAUCCAAGCGGUGUGAAAGUUGAUAUUGGUAAAGAAUUAACGCCCAAACAAGUAAAAGAUCGUCCUACGGUUAGAUGGGCAGCUAAAGAAGGUGAAUAUUACACUUUAGCUCUUGUUGAUCCCGAUGCUCCAAGCCGCGAAAAUCCAAAAUUUCGUGAAUGGCACCAUUGGUUGGUUGGCAACAUUUAUGGCGGUGAUUUGAAUAAAGGUGAAGUACUUUCUGAUUAUAUUGGUUCUGGUCCUCCAAAAGGAACCGGUUUACAUCGUUAUGUAUUUUUAGUUUACAAACAAGCUGAAAAAUGUGAUUUUACGAAAGUGCCAAAACUCCCAAAUAAUUCGGGUGACAAGAGAGGAAAAUUCUCAAUUUCUAGAUUUGCUGAGCAAUUUCAAUUGGGUUCACCAGUUGCUGGAAAUUUCUAUUUUGCAAAAUAUGACGAUUAUGUGCCGAAAUUAUAUGCACAAUUAAAAGGCUAAAAUAUUUAAUGUUUUUAUAAACCGAUAAUCGGUAUUGUUUUUUUUAUCUGUGCUCAAGAGAGAACAAGACAGCAUUUGUCUAUGGUUUUGAUCGAUAAUUAUUUCCGCCUCCGCGUGACAAUCGCAUUUUUGGAGCAGUCGCCAUAUAAUCCGCCAUUACAUUUUGGAGUUUGCGUAAAUUGGUCGUUGCACUGUCUGCGGGCAUAA